AUGCGCAUGAUUGCCUCAAACAAGAUGUCGGCCACUGAUCCAACCCAAACCUCCAAAGUUAUCGACGGGAAGAAGUACUUCAUCCCGCUAGAAAAUAACCCGGAGGUUUUCUCCCACCUCAUCCGUGCGCUUGGUGUCUCCCCCAAGCUCGGCUUUCACGACGUCUACAGCCUGAAUGAGCCGGGUUUGCUCGCCCUGGUCCCGCGCCCGGUCCUCGCGCUCAUCUUCAUCGCCCCGGGCCACGUCUACCACGCCGCUCGUGACGACGAGAAUGCGCGCACGGAGCUUUACGACGAGGCGGGCCCUGAGCAGCCGGUCGUGUGGAUGCAGCAGACGAUCGGCGAGGCGUGCGGGCUGAUGGCCUUGCUGCACGCCGUCUGCAACGGCGACGCGAAGAAGUACGUCAUCCCUGGCUCGGUGGUUGAUGAGUUGAGGACGAAAGUGGUGCCGCUGAGGAGAGAGCAGCGCGCGCGCUUUCUCUACGACAGUGAAGCGUUGGAGAAGGCGCAUGCGAGCGCGGCGGUGCUGGGCGACACGGGCGCGCCUGAGCUAGGGACUGUGGCAGAGGGCGCGUUCGUUUGCUUCGUGAAGGGCGAUGAUGGGCAUCUGUGGGAGCUGGCCGGCUAUGCAAAGGGCCCGUAUGAUCGGGGUGAGUUGGGAGAGGGGGAGGAUAUGUUGAGUGAGAGGGCGUUGAGUCUGGGAGUAAAGACUUUCAUGGAAAAGGCGCCUGGGGAGACGAGAUUCAGUCUUGUGGCGUUGGCACCGAACGAAGAAUGA